AUGAACGGCAUGGUUUGGGGACUUUUUCAUCACCCGCCGCGCUUCAUGGAGUCCGACAACAAAAGUUUCCAGCCCUGGAGAGACUACAUGGGACUGUCCGACACCAUCAAAGAGAUCUUGAGCCGAAAUGCUACCUCUGAGUCCUCCCUGACUGCAUCCAAACCUGCGCUCUCGGAAUCUGGUGAUCUGGCUCUGGUGUCUGGUUUUUACGCAUCCGGCAGAAGUAACCAACACGCAGACAGUGCGCCGUACUUCCUCCGUAAAUCUCCACUCCAAGGUAACUUGAGUCACCAGCACCCCUGUGAUGAUUUGCGUCCAAAUUCGACUCACACAGUGAAUUUGAAGCUUGUGCCCAAACCGGCGAGUUCCGGAGCGCCAAAAGAGCGCAAGAAGACGACGCGCUUCAAAACACCUGAGCCGCCUCCGCCUACUGAGCGCAUGUUCUGCAGCUUCUGCAAACACAACGGGGAGUCCGAGCUGGUGUACGGAUCCCACUGGCUGAAGAACCAGGGAGGAGACGUUCUGUGUCCCUACCUGCGGCAGUACGUGUGUCCCCUGUGCGGAGCCACGGGCGCCAAAGCUCACACCAAGCGCUUCUGUCCCAGAGUGGACAGCGCGUACAGCUCCGUUUACGCAAAGUCCAGACGCUGA